GCGGCUUCUUCCUCUCACCCGCAUGAAUUUCCUCCGCCGUUUCAAAACCCUACUUCUCCCCUUUCCCGCCCAAGUUAGCCCUACUCGCCGUCCGACGCCGUUCCUCACUCGCAUCGACUCGUCGCUUGGCCGAGCCAUGAGUUCCGAGUCCACUCAGCGCAUCUUCCAGCUCAAGUUCGACCCCCUCACCGGCGAAUCCCAAUGGGUGGUCAUCGAAGAGACGGACGAUGCCGGCGGCGAGGAAUCGUUCGGGGGCUCAAGCGCUUCCUUCCUCGCCACGACGUCGUAUCUCGACAUGCUCAACGACUCCGCCAGGAACCGCGCCUUCCGAGAAGCCAUUGAUAAGACCGUCACAAAACCUUGCCAUGUUCUCGACAUUGGUUCUGGGACCGGAUUGCUGUCGAUGAUGGCGGCGCGAGCUAUGAGCUCCGAUGGCGGUGGUGGGACGGUGACGGCCUGUGAGUCCUAUCUUCCGAUGGCGAAGCUGAUGCGGAAAGUUCUGCACGUUAAUGGCAUGGGGAGGAAUGUUAAUUUGAUCAACAAGCGCUCCGAUGAGCUUCAAAUGGGCGUGGAUAUUCCUUCAAGAGCAGAUGUUCUCGUGAGUGAGAUUCUGGAUUCAGAAUUACUGGGAGAAGGGUUGAUUCCAUCUCUGCAACAUGCUCACGACAAUCUGCUGGUGGAAAAUCCACUGACAGUUCCAUAUCGAGCCACGACUUACGGUCAGCUGGUCGAGAGUUCAUUUAUACAAGAGCUACAUGAUCUGGGGAACAAGGAAGGGCAAGUUUUGGAUGGGAUUCAUCUCGUUCCGAACGGAUUGAGCACAAUUAUACGUCCCAAAUCGCAGCAGUACCCACUGCAUUGUGAUUCUUUAUCUGAGGAAAUAAGAUUGCUGUCAGAACCCUUCAAAAUCUUUGAAUUCGACUUCUGGAGGAGGCCUGAGAGCCAUGGAGAGGCUAAAGUGGUGGUGGAGGCAAUUGAUGAUGGUAGAGCUAAUGGCUUAGUCUCAUGGUGGGUACUUCAGCUUGAUCGCGAAGGCACAAUCUUUUACUCCACUGCACCUAAAUGGAUUGAUCUGCAACUUAACGCAAGAGCUAGCAACUGGUGUGACCACUGGAAGCAGUGCGUGUGGUUCAUUCCAGAAACUAAUGAGAUCAGACAAUGUGAUUCUUCUGUCACUGGUGAUUUUCACCUCUUGCUGCCCCCGGAAAGAGUCGCUAUUUAUGGUGACAGCAAAUGGAGGUCAGCCAUGUUACGUGCUGUACAGAAUGCUUUGAAAGGAAGAGUUCAACCACUAUGUUUGGUUGCAGAUGAUAGUUUAUUCUUGACACUAGUUGCCACUUGUCUUUCUGAAACAUCUCGAGUGAUGUCAUUGUUUCCUGGGUUGCGAGAUAUGGGUUCCCAAUAUGUCCAAGCCAUUGCCAAGGCAAACGGCAUUACUGCUGGUCGUAUUGAAGUAGUUAAAGAUAAGAGAAACAUUGAUAGGCAUGUUUCUGAUCAGAAAAAGGUUGACCUGUUAAUUGGAGAACCAUACUUUCAUGGUAACGAGGGGAUGCUUCCUUGGCAAAACUUGCGGUUUUGGAAUGAUAGAACCAUGCUAGACUCUGUUCUCUCUAAAGAUGCAGACAUUUUACCUUGUAAAGCAUUACUAAAAGCAUGUGCCAUGUCUCUCCCGGACCUCUGGAAUAGCCGUCGCUCUCUAACCACGAUUGAAGGUUUCGAGCACUCGAUUGCUAAUUCUACUUUAGGGGCAUGUGGCGAACUACCAGCGGCACACGAGGGUCCGCUUCUGCCCUUCUUCAUCUGGCAAUGUGGAGAAAUCAAGAAACUCAGCGAAGCAUUCACCAUAAUGGAGUUCGACUUCACGAAACCGAUAACUUCUUGCAACGGAAAGGCAGAGGUCAGGUUUGUGGAACCCGGAAUAUGCCAUGGAUACGUGCUGUGGAUAGAUUGGGUUAUGGAUGCAAGCAAUUCAGUGGUGAUCUCCACUGGACCUGAUGAGAGGUGGUGGAAGCAAGGCGUGAAACUGCUGGCGAAGCCGGCGAUGGUGGGAAUCGAUGGAGGGAACCCAGGUGGGUUCUGCUCUUCUGUAGUUGAAGCCGAGUUCGAUUCAUCGACUGGUGAGCUCCUCGUCAAAAAUGAGUUCUUUUGAGGCCUCUGUAGUAGUUUGCCUUGGCCCUUGUAUGCUGCUUUGUAUACAUGUAUCCUUAUUUGCUAGGUGAUAAAAUUGAUUGAUUUAUUACUUGAUUUUGAGAAAUAAACUAUAUUGUAUCUC